GCGGGAGGAGGGAGCGGCCGCGAGCCCAAUCGCUCGGCUCCCCCGCCCGGCCCCGCGCGGCGCCGCCUCCGCCAUUGCUGCGCGCGGGAGCGGCCGACGCGGAGGCUCGCGGCGCGCUCGGAGCCAGACCUGCGAGCCGGCGUGGGCGCUAGCCUCGGGUCUCCCGGAACGAUGGUGAAGUUGGGGAACAAUUUCGCGGAGAAGGGCACCAAGCAGCCGCUGCUGGAGGAUGGCUUCGACACCAUCCCCCUGAUGACGCCCCUCGAUGUCAAUCAGCUGCAGUUCCCGCCCCCGGACAAGGUGGUGGUGAAAACUAAGACCCAGUAUGAGCCCGAUCGCAAGAAGGGCAAAGUGCGCCCUCCCAAGAUAGCCGAGUUCACCGUCAGCAUCACCGAGGGGGUCACCGAGAGGUUUAAGGUCUCCGUGCUGGUCCUCUUUGCCCUGGCCUUCCUCACCUGCGUCGUCUUCCUGGUCGUCUACAAGGUGUACAAAUAUGACCGUGCCUGCCCCGACGGCUUCGUCCUCAAGAACACCCAGUGCAUUCCAGAAGGCUUGGAGAGCUACUAUGCGGAGCAAGACUCCAGUGCGCGGGAGAAGUUUUACACCGUCAUCAACCACUACAACCUGGCCAAGCAGAGCAUCACACGCUCUGUCUCCCCCUGGAUGUCGGUUCUGUCGGAAGAGAAGCUGUCCGAGCAGGAGACCGAAGCCGCUGACAAGUCAGCUCAGUGAGACGGGCAGGUUCCUCACAAUGUGUCACUCGAAGGUAACAAAGGGACUUGGAGGGACGUUUCGUUAAAUGUAAUUACCGAUAAUUUAGAGGUUACUCAUUUAUGGUGCAACCGCUUCUGUUUGCUAAUGCUGCUUUGCCAAUAAAACUUGCUGCCGACCGCUCAUGGGCAUAUCAAGUGCAUAUCAGCAUUGCUUAAAGAGCUGUGACACCACGUUCCAUGUUAAGGAAUCUUAAUUUAGCUGCUUUACUGGGAUUUAUGGGAUGCCAUCAGAAAGUAAAUUUACACUGGAUAUGCAAGGGGUUUGGAUUCAGAUAAAUAAUGCGUUUCGUGGAAUCGAUUUUUUUUAUCGCGCUCCCCCUCCCCACCGCACUGCUGUUUGCAAACCUUACUCCACAGCCAUAUUUAGACGGGUCCCCACUUGGUUAAGAGCAAGCUGUACUUCAGAUUUCUUCCCACCUUCAAUCAGGCGGCAGCCGGGCCAUCACCAUGAUGUGUGGCAGUGAGAGGUGCAGAGAAGGAAGGAAAUGGGAUGUCCGGUGGCGGGUGCGCCCUUCCCUUCCCCGCGCCCACUCCGAAGCGGCCGAGUGUCCCGCAGGAGGGCCCGCUCAGGAGGCGCUAUUCCGCCCCCUGGAGCUGGCUGGCACCUUGGUGCGGAGAGCACCGUGCUUCAGGCCGGCGCACGUAGACCGGGUCUGGUGUCCCAGCACGUGUGGUGAGGGGCUGUGGGAGGACCCUGGGCCACGGGCCUGAGGAAGUCCGGGCCCCUGUUGGUAGUCCGUCUGCUCUGUGACGUGUUGAAUAGGAGCGACACCCUUUGGUCUUUUUGUUCUGUCCUGUUAAUGAAUAAAUUUGCACCAACAGCCCUGUUAGCGAGUUAGUUUUUAAGACCUUAUUUGUGUUGGCAAAGUGAAAAUGUAAUUGCUGGGAAGCCAAGACUGAUUUUUAUUUUGUGAACUAGAAAUCUUUUCAUGUAAGAAGCAGGCAGGGGAGGCUGGGAGGGGCUGGCGUGGCAACCUGCAGAUCCACUGAGGACAUUUCAAUUCACGAUCUUUGUAAAGAAGUUACAUUUCAAGCUGAAUCUUGACAUUAAAGGAUAUGUUUACAAAAUUGCCAGUUAGCUAAGCUACGUGUGUAAAACCAUUAAAUGGAAACCAGGCAUCCGCAGACAUUUUCUUCCAUGUUAUCUGUGCUAUUUCUGGUGGACGUGUCAGAAGUUUCACUGUUUUCAGUAGGUCAAAAAUAAAUGGCAAUGAGUUUGAGAUCUGUUGCAAACAAGCGUGGCGGCCACGGCCAGCUCCAUCACUGCUUUCUGAAAUAUGCUUCCAGAACCGGAUUCUAUUAUGGAGGGUGUUUCGCAACCAUGACCGUGGCCUUGGAGCCGGGGCGCGUGUUCUAGAGCUGCGUGCUGUGAGGGUGUGACGUGAGCACGCACGAGAAGCACUGACUACGUGCCAAACUCUCCCGCACAGAUACACCUCUGAAAGCUCUAGCCCGCGUAAACGCGCUGCUAAGGCAUCACCCCUUUGUAUUUUCUAGUAGACGCUUUAUUGACUGUAAAUGCAUUCACAUGUAACUUUUGACGUUUUCACUCUGUGCAGAGAAAGAACACAAGGGUCCCUGUGGCUGCACCACAGACUCUCGAUUUUGCAUACACAGCACACGAUUUUGCAGGGGGCAACGCAGGGCCAUCGGCACCCACACCGAGGUGGGGCCCCGUGAACACCAGCAUGCUCUCUGCACAGAUGUGGUUCCCACUGCAAACAGGAACACCUGUUCUAGAGGGACAGGUGCAUGGGCCCAAGGGCAGACAAAUGCUCCUUGGGCCCCAGCAGCCCCUUGCUGAGGGCCCAGGGUCUGUCCCCACACCCCUUCCCCCAUAGGCAGGCAGGCGUCCGCUGACCUUCUGUAUCUGGACCCACUGAUAUUACACGAAGUAACCGUAGUUGCAUUUAUUAUAUUUGUGAGGCAAGGGCGAGUUUUCUACAACGCAGCGACUCUGCAGCACUUGGCUCAGGCAGACAAGAAGCCACAGGAAACUAAGUGAUGGUCACUUGCCGUGAGAAGUUAUCACCCAGCACUCUUCCCUAAGCCACUGGAAGGGCCAGGUCGGUGCCUCCCUGAGCCCCGCCUCCGGGCAGCCCCUCCACGUGGGCCACCAGUCUGGGUGCAGCCAGUAACGACCCCCCUCUCUUCCACCCUGCCUCAGGAGUGCCACGCAGUCCACUGUCAAUUUGUGUUCAUUAGUUUCUUUUUCAGCUACUAAACGGGCUAAGACCACAGGUCUGGGUGUCCCUUUUGCGGGAGCACGUAGCUCUGCCACCGCCCCCUCCCCCCAACGUGGUAGGAUCUGGGCACAGCCCUGGUCCGAUGCCGGAGACCCUCGACAGCGCCCCAUGCGCCAGGAGCGAGCAGGGCAGACUAGCUGUCGUACCAGUCCAGGAAGAGCAAGGAGAAGGAGCACAUCACCAGGAAGAAGAGCACCCACACUCGGAAGCCGGCGUUGUUUUUGAUGGCCUGCGGGGCAGGAGCACAGGAUUUUGGGUUGAGGAGUGCUCACGCCCUCCGUGUGCCCGCACGCACUCCCUACCCUGGCGCUUAUGCUUACCUUAAUUAGUAAGCAGGGCCACACAGUGGGUUUAGAAUCCACCAGAAAACAAACAGGUGUCUCCCCCUUAUUCAGACGUCCUACACCCUUCUCCCAGCAAACACCCGGAAACGGCCCACACGGGGCCCAGGGUUAAAAAGAGCCCCACGGCUGGCCCGGCAGCUGUAGUGGCCCAGGAAUGGUCCCACGUCAACCCAAACCGAGGACCACACUCAGAAGACCACGUCCACUCAACAGAGUCCACUGUGGUGGCCUCGAUAAACAGGGACCAGGGCUCUGGCCCUCGGGGUGGGGGGGUCCAACAAGCUUCUCCGGUGGCGCCCACCCCUGGUGCAGGUGGCUGAUCCAACCCUUGCCAAGAGUGACCUUGUGUGCCUCCGAUCGCUCCUUUGGAGGGCUGUGAGUCCUGUGUCUUGGUAAUAGCAGGUGCCCCAGGUUUGGCGAGGACAGAAACGUGACUGUCUUAGGGGUCAGUACGGUUAGGAGGUCAGCCCUGCGGGCUGGGCCCCGGCAAGGCUCUCACGCAGCCCCGACUGCCCGCAAGACUACCACCGCUGCCCGGACAGGGAGGCCGGUGGGGCCUGGGGGGCCCAAGGGUACUCACCUCUCUGAUGUCUUCGUUGCCCUCCUUGAUAUUCUCAGUCGCCCCUACAACUAACUGGUGAAUGCUGUCGAUCUCGGCUUCCUAUGGAAGAGGAGAGGCAGGUAGACCCGACCACCGUCUGCUUCCCCGAGCAUCCGGACAUCAGGAGCCAGCAGCAGCCAGGGCUUUACAAGCGGGAGCCUGUGGGUCCUCGCCGGGUCCCGAGGGGCGGGCACAGCCCCGUUUUACAAAAGGGAAAGUCAGGGUUCAGAGAAGUUCAGUAAUUUGCCAAGAGUCACGCAGCAACCACGUGGCAGGACUGGGACCAGAACCCAGUGCCGUUGCCCUUCCACCCCCAGCUGCUACCUCCUGUGCCACUUGCCGGCCAGAAGGGACAAACGCGAGAGAUGCCAACACGUAGCAGCCACCGCAUGCCAGGGGCUUCCCUCUGGUCCCCCGCGUAUUUAUGAAAUCCAGAGACAUGAGCUUCCAGAUGCGUGUGCUUUCAGACAUGCACGCUAGCUUCAGGGGAGCGCUUCGGGUCUUACCAUCUGUGUCUCUCUUAAAAAAAAAAGAAAA